AUGAAAUUCCUAACGGGAUUGUCGUUAUUAUCCCUUAUUCCUUCUUCGUUUGCUGUCCCUACAGCCAGCCAUCAUCGACGUAAUGAGUUAGCGCAUACCGAACAGCCUUUGAUUAAGCUAAAGCCUCAACGAACUUCCUCCCGAGAGCUUGUGAACCUGGAUGGCCUAUGGAAAUUCACCCUCGCUUCCGGUGCAAACGACACAUCCCAGCCAUGGACGGCGCCAUUUCCCAGGGGGUAUCUGGAAUGUCCGGUCCCAGCAUCUUACAAUGAUAUCUUCGUCGAUCGGGACAUCCACGACCAUGUCGGAUGGGUGUAUUACCAGCGCGAUGUUUUCGUCCCAAAGGGCUGGUCCAAGGAGCAAUAUUUCGUGCGAGCUGAAUCCGCUACCCAUCACGGUCGUAUCUAUGUAAAUGACCGUCUGCUCGCCGAGCAUGUGGGUGGUUAUACACCUUUCGAAGCCGAUAUCACGGAGUUUGUCACUGCUGGGGAGAAGUUCCGCUUGACAAUUGGUGUCAACAACGAACUCACCCACGAGACAAUCCCACCUGGAAAGAUCGAGAUAGGCGAGGGCACUGGCAAGAGAAUCCAGACCUACAACCAUGACUUCUACAACUAUGCUGGUCUUGCCCGCUCUGUUUGGUUGUAUUCCGUGCCUCGUCAACAUAUCGAGGACAUUACCGUUGUCACAGAUGUUGAAGGUGAAACAGGACUCAUCAACUACAAGAUCAAAGUGGCCAGCAAUUCGACUGAGCAGAUCAGGGUUUCCGUUAUUGACGAGGAUGGAGUCGUUGUUGCAAAUUCCUCUGGAGCUCAGGGUACCGUCAAGAUCAACUCGGUCAAGCUGUGGCAACCCGGCGCCGCCUACCUUUACCAAUUCGAGGCCAGCAUUCUCGAUUCCGGCGGCAAGGUCGUCGACACCUACAGCUUAGCCACGGGUGUGCGCACCGUCAAGGUCAGCGGGUCGAAGUUCCUGAUCAACGACAAGCCCUUCUACUUUACCGGAUUUGGAAAACACGAAGACACUGCAAUCCGCGGCAAGGGACACGACCAAGCAUACAUGGUUCACGAUUUCCAACUGAUGGACUGGAUUGGUGCAAACUCUUUCCGAACCUCACACUACCCUUACGCGGAAGAGGUCAUGGAUUUCGCAGACCGACACGGAAUUGUCGUGGUCGAUGAAACACCCGCCGUGGGUCUGAACAUUGGGUUGCUAGGUUUUUCCGGAGGCGAAGCACCCAAAACCUUUUCUCAAGACAAUAUAAACAACAAUACCCAGAAGGCUCACGAGCAAUCAAUUCGUGAACUUAUUAGUCGGGACAAGAACCACGCCAGUGUUGUUAUGUGGUCUAUUGCCAACGAGCCUGCCUCCCAAGAAGAUGGAGCGCGCGAAUACUUCGAGCCGCUGGUCAAGUUGACCCGCGAGCUUGAUCCAACUCGUCCUGUUACAUUCGCGAAUGUCGGCGACGCAACAUACGAACUGGAUCUGAUUUCCGAUCUGUUUGAUGUUGAUUGUCUGAACCGCUAUUUCGGGUGGUAUUCUGAAACAGGAGACCUCGAGGAGGCAGAGAUAGCGCUGGAAAAGGAACUGCGUGGUUGGGAAAAGAAAUUCAACAAGCCGAUUAUCAUGAGCGAGUAUGGCGCAGAUACCAUUGCCGGUUUACACUCCACCCUUGGCCUGCCUUGGAGUGAAGAGUUCCAGGAGCAAAUGCUCGACAUGUAUCAUCGGGUCUUUGACCGUUUGGAGUCCAUGGCUGGCGAACAUGUUUGGAACUUUGCUGAUUUCCAGACGACUAUUGGUACCAUGCGGGUGGAUGGGAAUAAGAAGGGUGUGUUUACUAGAGACCGAAAGCCAAAGAUGGCUGCACAUGGUCUGAAGGCGAGGUGGACAAAUAUCACCGCAAGUCGGUAA